CUUGUUCCUGGUUCCUUACCAAUUAUGAAAGGUCGAACAGCUACAUAUGUGAUACCAGAGUUUUGUAAACACAUAACUCUAUUUGACAUACCUAUGAGAGAAGCAAUAACUACACCAUCAGCUAAUAUGGAAAUGAAUUAUGAACGUCUUGAGACAUUAGGCGAUUCAUUCUUAAAAUUUCCUUAUAAGCAUGAGGGCCAAUUACAUUGUCAACCUAAUAUUGAUGACGUUAAUAUAAUUAAACAAAAGAAAGUUCAUGAAUUAGCCAAUAAAACUCUUGCUGACGUAGUUGAAGCAAUGCUAGGAGCUGCUUACAUGAGUGGGCAAGUCGAUGCAGCUCUCAAAUGUGCUAUAGCCUUGGACAUUCAGAUGGAAGAUAUUGAUAAAUGGGGAUGA